UGGAAUGACAGACAUUUGAUUGUAGAACUUUGUAACCACCACAACCUAACGCGGUACGCAAGAAAUGUGAACUGUGAUGUGAACUUCGAAUAUCGUCCAAAUAUAUGUAAUUCAAUAUCAUUAAGAAUAUAACUCAAGAGAGUGGAAAAAGAGAAGUCAAAAGUUUUAUAGAUUUUUAAACUCUGAAACCAAGUGGUAUUUGACGAGAUCCACCUACACCAUGACCUUGCUGGAAAACACGGCAGCAGAGGCUGCAAAAAGUUUCACCUUUGGCGUUACGGAUUACAUUGUUUUCGUACUGAUGCUACUGACUUCGGCUGGCAUUGGCGUCUAUUUCGGUUUCUUUUCGAAAUCGAAAAACACCACCGAUGAAUAUCUGAUGGGCAGCAAACAAAUGAAGACCAUACCCAUUGCCAUAUCGCUGGUGGCAAGUCAACUUUCCGGCAUUGCCAUUAUGUCGGUGCCCGCCGAGAAUUAUACCUUUGGUUUCUCCUAUUUCUUUAUGGUUGUGGCCAUGAUUUUGGUGGUACCGAUUUUGAAUUAUAUUAUAAUACCGGUAUUCUACAAAAACAAUAUUUCCAAUUGCUACGAGUAUCUCCAAAUGCGUUUCGAUAAGCGUACCCGCAAAUUGAUUACAGCCUCCUUUGUCUUCAAUGCCUUCCUCAUGCUGCCGGUCUAUAUUUUUGUGCCCGCCUUGGCCUUUUCCCAAGUGACGGGCAUAAAUAUUCAUCUGAUCAAUGCAAUUGUGUGUUCGAUUUGUAUUUUCUACACCAUGUUGGGUGGCAUCAAAGCUGUUGUCUGGACUGAUGUGGUCCAAGCUGGUAUUAUGGUAACCUCUGUGGUUUUGGUGGGCAUAUUGGGUACCAUCAAAGUGGGUGGCCUUGGCAAGGUAUUCGAAUUGGCCGAAGAAGGUGGACGUCUGGAUUUCUAUUAUGGCUUGGAUCCGCGUGUACGAAACUCGGUUAUUUCCCUCUUCACCGGUGGCAUACUCCUGUGGACAGGGCACAUUGGCUUAAACCAAAGCUGUGUCCAGCGCAUCGUUUCAUUACCAAGCAUGGAAAAUGCCAGAAGAGCUCUAAUCCUGACCGGCAUUGGUGUGCUGAUUAUAAUGGGCUUUAACUCCUUCAGUGGCAUUGUCAUGUUUGCCCGCUAUGCUGGUUGUGAUCCAAUCAAGGCCGGCAUCGUUCAAAAACCCGACAAAAUGAUGCCGUUCUUUGUUCAGGAUAUCAUGGGCCAUUUGAAGGGUAUGCCUGGCGUUUUCAUAUCCUGUGUUUUUAGUGCUGCCCUCAGCACCAUGUCGGCCAAUUUAAAUUCCCUUGCGGGAGUGGUAUAUUUCGAUUAUAUCAAACCUUUUAUUCGUCACACCGAUGAACGGGCAAAUACCAUUAUGAAAAUUUUUGUAGUGGCCAUGGGUUCCUAUUGCAUCUUGGGUGGAUUGGUAGUGCAAAAAUUCAACUCGAUUUUACAGACAAUUGUGACAAUAACCAGUCUGAGUUAUGGUGCUGUGAUUGGGGUCUUCUUGGUGGGCAUGUUUGUGCCGAGGGUUAAUGGAAAGUGUGUCUUCACCGGAAUCGGUGUCAGUUUUGCAGUUAUGCUAUGGAUUAUCGUAAAUGCCCAAAUGCGUUUCAAGUCGGGCGCCAUGAAAUACGAACCUUUGCCGACCACCUUGGAUAGAUGUGAGGAGUACAACUUCUAUGGAUUAAUUACAAAUUUGAAUGUCACAACCCCAGCGCCACCCCUGGAAACGCCACUGGUCACCACUGCCUUUGGCAGUAAUCGUCCAUUUUCCAUCUACGAAAUCUCUUUCUAUUGGUACAAAUUAAUUGGUCUGAUACUAAUUGCAAUCACCUCUAUCGCGUUGAGCUAUGUGUGGAAACGAGAGGAUGAUGAGAAAUACGAUCCGAAAUUAUAUUCUCCAGUUAUAUGGAGAUUUAUACCAAAAGCACCCAAGGAAAUGGAGAGUUUGCCGUUGAAAACGCCACCUCCCUCGCUGGCGGAAGAUGGAGGAAAUACCACUACAAUUCUCUUGCCCGAUGGAGGUGGGGAUCCGCCCACUAAUGGCAAUCUGAAACAAUAGUUGUCUUAAGUUAUACCUUUUUAUAUUUUUUAAUUUUUAAUUUGCAUUAAUUUUUUAUUUUUAGUUAGAUUUUAUC